AACAAUGUGGGAGGAAGUGGGGGAUGGAGCUUGGUGCCGUGUGCAGGGGCUCGAAUGACAUGGCGGGACGGAGCCGCGGCGCGCUAUUCGACACGUAACCGCGACUAGUGAAUAGUGUGUGCUUCAGCCACGAGUUUUAGUUCUUCUAAAAGAUUUUUAUAGCAAGUAACAAAUUCCAAAAUGCCUUUCAAGCCCGCAGACCACCCCAAGUGCCCUAAGUGCGGCAAGUCAGUGUACGCUGCUGAAGAGAGAGUGGCUGGAGGUCUCAAAUGGCACAAGAUGUGCUUCAAGUGUGGUCUCUGUGGCAAGUUCCUUGACUCCACAAACUGCUCAGAGCACGAAGGCGAGCUCUUCUGCAAAAACUGCCACGCCCGCAAGUACGGACCCAAGGGCUACGGCUUUGGCGGUGGCGCUGGCUGCCUGAGCAUGGACAAGGGCGAGCAUCUCGUCGGUGAACAGUCUGACCGCUCCUCUGGCCCCCGUGAUGUGAAGGCUAUAGCCAGGGCCGCGCCUGGAGAAGGCUGUCCCCGCUGUGGGGGCUGCGUGUACGCUGCUGAAAUGAUGCUGGCUAAGGGACGGCCUUGGCACAGAGAGUGCUUCAAGUGCAACGACUGCUCCAAGCAUCUUGACUCUAUUCUUGUCUGUGAAGCCCCUGAUAAGGAAAUAUACUGCAAAGUUUGCUACGGCAAGAAGUUUGGACCCAAGGGUUACGGCUACGGCCAGGGAGGUGGGGCUCUUCAGAGCGACCCUUCAGUGUGUGGCAACGGUGAGAUCCCAGCUCCUCGUAUACACGUGCAGGAUACAGCGGUCAUCAUGGCAGAGCCGGGCAAGGGCUGUCCUCGCUGCGGCGGAGUUGUGUUUGCGGCUGAGGAAGUGCUGGCCAAAGGACGGCCUUGGCAUCGCAAGUGCUUUAAGUGCAAACAGUGCAAGAGAGUACUGGACUCAAUCAUAGCUUGUGACGGCCCCGACCGCGACAUUUACUGCAAGACUUGCUACGGCAAGAAUUGGGGUCCCCACGGCUACGGCUUUGCAUGCGGCUCAGGCUUCCUUCAGACAGACGGUCUUUCAGAGGAAGAAAUCUCCAAGUCUCGACCCUUCUACAACCCAGACACAACCUCCAUCAAAGCUCAGCCAGGCCAGGGCUGUCCAAGGUGUGGUGGAGCCGUGUUUGCUGCUGAACAACAGCUCGCCAAGGGAACGAUGUGGCACAAGAAGUGUUUCAACUGCUGCGACUGCCAUCGACCUCUAGACUCCAUGCUGGCUUGUGAUGGUCCCGACAAGGAGAUCUACUGCAAGGCCUGCUACGGCAAGAAGUGGGGACCCAAGGGCUUCGGCUACGGCCACACACCCACCCUCGUAGCUAACGGGGAGACUACAACACUCCACACCGACCAGAAGUUCGGAGGAAAGUUUGCUCCUGAGGGAAAAGGUUGCUCAAGAUGCAAGUAUCCUGUCUAUGCUGCUGAACAAAUGAUUAGCAAAGAGAAGAUCUGGCACAAGAGAUGUUUUAACUGCGCUGAGUGCCAUCGAUCCCUUGACUCAACAAAUCUCAACGAUGGUCCUGACUUUGAGAUCUACUGCCGCGGCUGCUACGCCAAGUUCUUCGGACCGAAGGGAGUUGGCUUUGGAAUGGGUGCUGGCACUCUGACCAUGGCUUGAACUCCUCAAUAGUUCUUCAACUCCCUUCCAGCCCUCUCCACCACGAGGGGUACAAGGCCACCCUCAGAUCUAGGGCGACAACACGGGAAUAAUCACAUCAUUACUGAUUGUUUUAAAACAUGCUCCACAAACGCUUUCUGUUGUUUUAGCUUAUUUGUUAGCUUGAUAAUUAAAAAUAGGACCAAAUCGUCAUCGGACACUAAAAUAUUGACACAGCGGUCGGUGGAAGGGGAUUUCGGAAGGGAUUAUGAUUUAGACGCUCACUCCUACCCUUAAGGCCAGGAUUAUUAUUAGUUUUUUUACAAAGAGAAGAAAGACAAGAGAGGUUGUUUCGAAACAUUCCUUCCAUUUUGACCGCUGUGUAAAUACUCGCGGUAUGUAGGCUGUGUGACCUUUGUUAUGUUUGGCUGCUGUAUAUAACACCCGGGGCGUAACACAUCAUUCUCCAACUAAUCUGACUAGGACUUAGUACAUCUUACAUUGCGCAAGUAGGAUGUACUGGUCAAGUAUCAUACUCCAUCUAGUAGUGUUUUAAGAUUUUUGGGGGAAUUUUGAAAACGCCUCAACAUUUUAACACAAUUUAUAUAUUGUUUUUGGUAUAAUUCAUUUGUUGGAUCCAUUCACAAGGAAAACAAUCAGUAUUUUUUAAUCGUGCAUAUUUUUAUUUUAUAUGGUUACGUUCGAAUUCGAAACGUUUUUCAAGGAGAUAUUCUUGUUUUGAUAGACGAGUAAUUUGAUUUUUGACAGAACAUCAAGGAGGGAAAUAAGAGUUUCUCCUUUCGAACGACCAGAUUUUGGGCAAAAUCUGGGUUUUUUAUACAUGAAUUUUGGCUGUUCAAUCUGACUCAAAAUUAUCCCAUUGCUGCAAUAGAUUAUUAAUAAAACAACGGUUUAGCUUACGAGAUUGAACAAUUUGCUUGCCCGCCUCUCGAUAGAUUAUUGACUAGAGAAUGAAGCAGAGUGUUAUUUUAUUACAUAUUUUGUUAACAAAAUGAUUUGUAAAAAUUAUUUUGUCUGAAUAAAAAAAAACUUUAAAUAUUUA